CUCACUGGAUGGUGAUGCAAUGUCAGUUUCAGCAGCUCCUGGAAAACAAACUGUGCUCUCAGCAACCAACACAAGUCAAGAAAUUUUGGAAUACCACGAAGAGACGAUGAUUGCAAUGUCUGUGCCAUUUACUUACCAAGCUGGUUUGAAUGGGGGAUCAAAGAAUUCAUAUGACCACAUAUACCUGUCUACUCAGCGCCAGCCCAGUUAUGGAACUAAGGACUUGGCUAAUGGCAGUCUGGCAUUAGACAUUCAUAAUCAAGACUGUCAAUACAGUGAAGGAAGAAGAUAUGAUUUUGUAGAUGUAGCAUCAACCUCUUUGCUCUGUACAACACCAUACACAUACCAGGGUUAUCAACAAUGUACAGUAACAACAGACUGUCACACCAACCGUUCAGCAAGUUUGCCACCACCAUAAAAUCAGCUUCCAUGUGGAAUAAAUGUGACUUCAACUGAACAUUCUGUACAACAAUUCUUCCAAGAACUGAGGUGCUCUGUAUCAGUGCAGGACAUUCCCACUUUUGAAAUGUGUGUCUGAGAAACCACUGUCUUUUAGAAUCUAUAUACUCCAAAAUUUGUUACCACUACAUAUUCAUAGUAACAGGAGAAUUUUCAAUAAUAUAUUUUUUCAGACUGCAACAAUUUAAUGUGGCUAAAGACACAGACUUUUAAGACAGCGAAAUUUUUUUGAAAUUUUCUGUACAUAAGAUAUAGUGUAACAAGGCACAUUUUUCUCAUUAUUUCGGAACUGCAAUCAUUGAUUUCAAUUCACAAUAGAAUUUCUUUAAAACUGAGCCCACACAUUCUAAAGUCAUAUUUAGA